CUUAGCACAAUGGCAGUGCAUCCGACUCCAGAUCGGAAGGUUAGGCGUUCGAGUCGCCUAGUCCUCAUCUUUUGUUGCACUUCUAUCUUGCCAUUGGCCUUCGUUGGCCUUCGUUGACCUUCGUUACUUGGCGCCUUCCUCUUCAAUUGAAAGCCACCCUUUUGCUCCUGCCACUUUUGCUGAGCACUAUCGAACUGAGGGAGGCAGGCGUAGCUGACGAAACGAGGCACGCACUUCACGAUGCCUUUCUUCGAGUUUCCGCAUUUUGUCACGGGCGAUCGAUCCAAGAUUAAGCCCGUCUUUUUGAACGAUGAACAGUAUGGAUUGGCACUAGAUUGCCUGGUGAAAGCUUGUACAGAUCUUCUCGUUCUGGAUGGAGACAGACCAGACUCCAAGGUCCUCCUCGGAAAGCGGAUAGUAGAGCCUCAGCCGGACUGGUGGUUCAUGGGCGGCCGGAUGCGCUGCGGGGAGUCUCCAGAGGCGUCGGUGGUCCGGCUCGUGCGACGAGAGCUGCAACUAGACUUGGCGGGAGAACGGUUUCGGGCCCUCACGACCAAUUCCUAUGCGUGGGCGAAGCGUGAGCAACCUCCAAAGGAGAACGGCACGUGCGACAUUUCAGUUGUGUUUACGCUCGUGCUGACGCCGGAGGAGGUGCGGACGAUACACCUGGACGAGAAGGAGUACUCGGACGUCCGGUGGUUCUCGAUCGAUGAAAUUAUUGCUGGGGACUUCCAUCCAGCGUUGCGAAGUGCCGCCAGAGACCUGAAAACACGACAGAUUUUCGACAACCUCAAAUCAGCGGUCGCAAAUGAGUCUGAUGACAAAAGCCUUGCAUACGCUGCUCGGCAUCUAGUAGCUUCCUGGGCCACCCGACCAGAACUCUAAGAUCAAGAGGUGGCCUUCCCAUAAUUGGACAAAGUUGUAUAUUGCUCUUGUGAAUCUAAAUAUUACGUCGUCUGGUUUCACAAAGUCUACAUUUGAGCUGAUGGAGAUCUACGGAUCUCUGCAUUGCAAGACCGUUGCAUGCUCUUCAGAAUUGCAAGCCGUCGAGGAUGCAUCAGUUGUUCGAAGAUCGAGGCCAGCGACUCGGUAUGCUCUUAAGAGAACAGCCAUUCACUC